AGUAAUGACCUCACGUUUCCGAUUGCCUGCUGGCAGAACCUACAAUGUACGAGCAUCAGAGUUGGCCCGAGACAGACAGCAUACAGAGGUGGUUUGCAACAUCCUUCUUCUGGAUAACACUGUACAAGCUUUCAAAGUUAAUAAACAUGCUCAGGGGCAAGUUCUGUUGGAUAUAGUCUUCAAGCAUCUUGAUUUGACUGAACAAGACUAUUUUGGUUUACAGUUUGCUGAUGAUUCCACAGAUAACCCACCCUGGCCUGAAGAGCCUGCCCUGCCCUCGGAGCAGAUUGCAGUGCGGUUGUUUGACCAGGAGAGUUGUAUAAAGUCGCCCGAGGGACCUGCAAAGCCUCCUGUGGCCACCCCUUCUGGACCCCACCCCAAUAGAACCCCCAGCCUCCAGGAGCUGAGGAUGCAGCGCAUUGGUAUCCUGCAGCAGCUGUUGAGACAAGAGGUGGAGGGGCUUGCAGGGGGCCAAUGUGCCCCCCUUAAUGGAGACACCCCUCUGGAUAUGGUGGAACUUCAGUCCCUGAUGACAGAGAUAUCUAGAACUCUGAAUGCCCCAGAGCAUAAUUCUGGGACUUCCCACCUUCCUCGACUGUUACAGCACCCUGGGCAGCCAAAGGCCUGCCUUCCAGAAGAGUGUGGGGAACCACAGCCCUGCGCUCCAGCGCAGUCAGGGCCCCCAGAGUCCUACUGUAGGACUGAGCCUGACAUCCCAGAGCCCUCUGCCCGGGAACAGCUUGAAGUAUCAGAGCCCUGCCCUCUAACAGAGCCCGGACCCCUCCAGGCUCACCUGGAUGAUGAAUGCGCCUUUUACACCAGCCGAGCCCCUUCCUCAGGCCCCACCCAGGUCUGCACCAGCCCUGUGGCCACAUUACUUGAAUGGCAGGAUGCCCUGUGUUUUGUUCCGGUCAGUUCUGCUGCCCCUCAGGACUCUCCUUCGUACCAGUAUUUUUUGCAAAUUAAACAAGACAUUCUUACUGGAAGAUUGCCUUGUCCUUAUAAUACCGCUGCCCUUUUAGCUUCAUUUGCUGUUCAGUCUGAACUUGGAGACUACAAUCAGUCAGAGAACUUGCCAGGCUACCUCUCAGAUUAUUCUUUCAUUCCUAAUCAACCUCAAGAUUUUGAAAAAGAAAUUGCAAAAUUACAUCAGCAACAUAUAGGCUUGUCUCCUGCAGAAGCAGAAUUUAAUUACCUAAACACAGCACGUACCUUAGAACUCUAUGGAGUAGAAUUCCACUAUGCAAGGGAUCAAAGUAACAAUGAAAUCACGAUUGGAGUGAUGUCAGGCGGAAUUCUGAUUUAUAAAAACAGGGUACGAAUGAAUACUUUUCCAUGGUUGAAGAUUGUAAAAAUUUCUUUUAAGUGCAAACAGUUCUUUAUUCAACUUAGAAAAGAAUUGCAUGAAUCUAGAGAAACAUUAUUGGGAUUUAAUAUGGUGAAUUACAGAGCAUGUAAAAAUUUGUGGAAAGCUUGUGUAGAACAUCACACAUUCUUCCGUUUGGACAGACCACUUCCACCUCAAAAGAAUUUUUUUGCACAUUAUUUUACAUUAGGUUCAAAAUUCCGGUACUGUGGGAGAACAGAAGUCCAGUCAGUUCAGUAUGGCAAAGAAAAGGCUAAUAAAGACAGAGUAUUUGCAAGAUCCCCAAGUAAGCCCUUGGCACGGAAAUUAAUGGAUUGGGAAGUAGUCAGCAGAAAUUCAGUAUCUGAUGACAGGUUAGAAACACAAAGCCUUCCAUCACGGUCUCCACCUGGAACUCCUAAUCAAUCACAGGAGUCUCCUGGAGAUGGACAACCUCCAGCUUUGCCACCCAAACAAUCUAAGAAAAACAGCUGGAACCAAAUUCAUUAUUCACAUUCUCAGCAAGAUCUAGAAAAUCAUAUUAAUGAAACAUUUGAUGUUCCAUCUUCCCCUGAAAAACUUACUCCAAAUGGUGGCAUUCCACAUGAUAAUCUUGUUCUAAUCAGAAUGAAACCUGAUGAAAAUGGAAGGUUUGGAUUCAAUGUAAAGGGAGGAUAUGAUCAGAAGAUGCCUGUGAUUGUGUCUCGGGUAGCACCAGGAACACCUGCUGACCUCUGUGUCCCUCGAUUGAACGAAGGGGACCAAGUUGUACUGAUCAAUGGUCGGGACAUUGCAGAACAUACCCAUGAUCAGGUUGUCCUGUUUAUUAAAGCUAGUUGUGAAAGACAUUCUGGGGAACUCAUGCUUCUAGUUCGACCCAAUGCUGUAUAUGAUGUAGUGGAAGAAAAGCUAGAAAACGAGCCAGACUUCCAGUACAUUCCUGAGAAAGCCCCACUAGAUAGUGUCCAUCAGGAUGACCAUUCCCUGCGGGAGUCAAUGAUCCAGCUAGCUGAGGGGCUUAUCACUGGAACAGUCCUGACACAAUUUGAUCAACUUUAUCGGAAAAAACCUGGAAUGACAAUGUCUUGUGCCAAAUUACCUCAGAACAUUUCCAAAAAUAGAUACAGAGAUAUUUCGCCUUAUGAUGCUACACGGGUCAUUUUAAAAGGUAAUGAAGACUACAUCAAUGCAAACUAUAUAAAUAUGGAAAUUCCUUCUUCCAGCAUUAUAAAUCAGUACAUUGCUUGUCAAGGGCCGUUACCACACACUUGUACAGAUUUUUGGCAGAUGACUUGGGAACAGGGUUCCUCCAUGGUUGUAAUGUUGACCACACAAGUUGAACGUGGCAGAGUUAAAUGUCACCAAUAUUGGCCAGAACCCACAGGAAGUUCAUCCUAUGGAUGCUACCAAGUCACCUGCCACUCGGAAGAAGGAAACACUGCCUAUAUCUUCAGGAAGAUGACACUAUUUAACCAAGAGAAAAAUGAGAGUCGUCAAGUCACUCAGAUCCAGUACAUAGCCUGGCCUGACCAUGGAGUCCCUGAUGAUUCAAGUGACUUUCUAGAUUUUGUUUGUCAUGUACGAAAUAAGAGGGCCGGCAAGGAAGAACCUGUUGUUGUUCAUUGCAGUGCUGGAAUUGGAAGAACUGGGGUUCUUAUUACUAUGGAAACGGCCAUGUGUCUCAUUGAAUGCAAUCAGCCAGUUUAUCCACUAGACAUUGUAAGGACAAUGAGAGAUCAGCGAGCCAUGAUGAUCCAAACACCUAGUCAAUACAGAUUUGUAUGUGAAGCUAUUUUGAAAGUUUAUGAAGAAGGCUUUGUUAAACCCUUAACGACAUCAAAUAAAUAAGAAAGCAAAAGGUCUGGGAUAUGUGUUGGAAAACUGCUUUCCCUUCUACUCACUGUGCCAUAAUACUGCCCGCAGGAAAUGGCAUCUAACAAAAAAAAAAAAAAGAAGAAGAACUCAAAAAAACUUUGAAAACUUCAGCACUUUUGCACUUUAUGUUUUAAAAAAGUCACUCUUUCACAAUCUAUAACUCAAUGUGUUUGAAGACUAUUUCAUGCUUUGCUCCGAACAAAUAGUGAAUAACUGAGUAUGUUCAGGGUAAUUUAUGAAGUUUUGUGGUGGUGCCAUACAGUCCCCUUUUGGUAGAAUUGCCACAAGCAAGGCUCAGAAUUCUCAUCAUCUCUGUUAUACACCUGUAUCUUGAAAGCAAAAAGAAGUAAACAUCAGGAGUCAGCUCUGGU